GUUUUCAUUUCCAUUUACGUAAUUUUUCAUUUACAUAUUUGAAUUUGCUCAUUGUAGUUCAGUUCAUUUCUUGCAUUAGCUUUUGAAAUUCACAAAAUCUAUAAAAAAAUCUCAAAAGCUCCAAACAUACAGCUGGCUCCGUUGCUGCAAACAUGGAUACUAGCACAGUAACGUCCUUGCCCGAGUGGCCCCUCUUGCCGCCAUCUGUAGUUCGAUUUCCAGAUGCAGGUGCUACGGGCCCCGCGUUGAUGGUCCAGAUUGUUAGCAUAGACUCGUAUAUGGCAGUGCCCACUUCGGUCGACUGUUUGCUGUGGGCACCUUACACCAUAUUUGAUAGGCCGCUAUUGAAGGUCCCGGUCAUUCGCAUUUUUGGUACCACAGCCAGCAACCAGCGCAUAUGCUUGCACUUGCAUCAAAUAUGGCCGUACAUUUAUGUGCAAUACGAGGGCCCAUCAAACCUCGAUGCCGUCCGCGAGUUUGGCUACCACCUAGGUCUCAGUCUUAACCAUGCGCUGAACAUCUCUUUGCGCAGCAACGGUUUGAUAUUUAUUGCUGCUGUGGUGCCAGUCAAGGGCGUCCCUUUCUACGGAUACCACACAGGAUACCGGCCGUUCUUUAAAAUACAGCUGACCAACCCCAGCAUGAUGGCACGUGCGAGCAGCCUGUUAUCAUCAGGUGCGGUGAUGGGUCAGAAAAUGAAUGUUCUUGGAUCCCACCUGUCCUAUGUUCUUCAGUUCUUGGUCGAUUUUAACUUGUAUGGCAUGGAUUGGAUCCAUCUAAACAAAAUUCUGUUUAGAUCCCCACUUCCACAGCCUGCCGGCGGCAGCAGUCAAAUGAGUGGUGCCAUUGAUGACAGUAAUGUGGAGAACAUUUAUCGAUGGGUGCCCCAGGGUAUGCCUAGCUAUCUUGCCAGACCAACACCGCCAGACAGGAUUAGUCACUGCGCGCUUGAAGCCGAUGCAACAGCAGCCGACAUUGCUAACCGCCACCAGGUACAGGAGCGGCAUAUUCACCACAUAUUCCAGGAGGGCAAAUUGGGUUUGCAUUUUGGACGGCUAGUACACUCGCUCAAUAGCAUGUGGGCUGAUGAAAACAAGCGGCGUGUGCGGCAUGGCUUGGGCGAGCUAUGUCCACGCAACAGCCAGGAUCAGGUCGCCCUUGAGGAGUCGCUGCUGGGUAUGCCUGCAAGUAACGAUAAGGCCGCAGACGCAGGCGCAGACUCAUCCAAAUUCAUUCGAUGGUCUAAUUAUUGGCGCAUGCAAAGCCUGCUUCAGAGCGCGUUGGCUGUUGACAAAUGCCGGUUGAACGACAAACAAAAGAGUGUUUCCCAGUCAGUGCUAAGCGAGCUUGAGACACAGGCCAGCUGCACAAGCACUGGCGAUAUUGAAAGCAUCAGCAGCUUUGAUUUUGCUGGUGAGACUAGCAGUUGGCUGCAGUGCUGGCCCACAUGUCGCGAGGUGGACAUUGGUGAGCCGCGCUUGAUUGGUGAUGGUGGGAUGAGCAGAAAACGGUUUUACACUGAUGCCGACGAAGGUCUCGCUUUGUCAGAGCAGAGCGGUCUUGUUGAUGCUACGUCGUCAACUACCCAACCUAUGACGGUCUCUUUGACAGACUCAACAAAUGACGGCCAUUUGACACCUCGAGCGACCCAGUCUGUUCGCCCAGCGAUCAUAAUCGACUUGUUGCUUAUUGACAGCAAUGAUAGCAAGGGCGGCGCAUCCACUGAGUCUGAAGACGAACAAGGUUUUGAAUCUUACGAGUCCGCACAGCCUGUGGUGGACUUGGGCACUGUGUCUGCCGAUAAUGAUUUGUUAGACGAUUUUGCCGAUUUCGACGAUGGCUGGGUGGAGAACGAAGUAUUCCGCGCGGAAGGGGGACAGACAAAGGACUUGUAUAAAUAUAUUCCACAGACCGAUGGAUCCAAUGAUUUUGAGAGUGGUUCAAAGCGCAAGAACGUAAUUGGUGAGAGUAUGCAGCAGCAGGACCAGCAAGGGCAGCAGCAUGGACAUCGCAGCAGACGGCAGGUUAAGCGGCGGGCACUUAUACCUCUCAUUUCGAGGCAGUCAUCAGCAACGGUAGAGCCGAUUAUUAGCAAGCCCACCACUGAUUUGGCUGCUGGUUUGGUGUUGCCAGAUGCGGCUCGGCAAAAUCAAGGCGCUGUGUUCACACAAAGUGUGACUAGCAGCACGCGGCCUAUGUGGCCACCGCCGGAAUAUAGGGCCAUCCAGGGCAACCAUUUGGCAUCGAGAGGCACCCGGCAGGAGAUAUCGCGCCCCACAAAUCACACAAGUGGUAACAUAUACAUCGACAUUCCGCACGCCGAGGGCUAUAUUUUUAGGAGGUCAAGGACGGGGUGUUAUUCGCGGCCGUCCAGGUCAGACAUCUACAUUGACAUUGUCGUUCCACCAACAAGCUUUGCUUUGCGGCUACAGCAUCAGCAGGAUCAAGUGCUCUGUUACGGCAGCACUGUAGGGGUCGAGCAGCCGGCCCACAUGCGCAGCAACAGCAGCUAUUACAAAGCAGUCGAUUCUGGUAAAAAUGUUGAUUUUGCAUUACAACUGUGCGCUGCAGACUACAACCAGAGUGGCUAUUUUGUGUACGCGUAUCACGCACCGCGCUGGGACACGCUGGUGAAUUCAAUGGUUGAGCAUGCCAUGGCCGAGGUUGUUGCGCCCCAGCCGCGGUUUUCGGAAGCGCGAGACCUGCCUCGGACACGCAAGAUGUAUUCAGGGUCUUCCAUAAGUCUAUCCGCCACAUGCGCUGACAAUCUGCCAAUAUUCAUUCCACUCUGUACAUCUGGGCGCUCAAGGCAUGCCAUCAGUUUACGCGGUGUGGAGCUUCUAGACGACGGUAUUGAGAGCCGGCGGCAUGUCAUGUGGAGUCCAGUGAAUUUGCAACAGGUCAACCAAAGUGUCGGAGAGAAGGGGGAUGGUGCCAGCACCAGCACCAGAAUAUCAGCUAAAUAUAGCCGUGGCAGAUGGUGGGUUGUAGCAAAGAGGCCGCCUGCGCGGUUGAGUUUUGAAGAAGAGACUGUAUAUUCUGCAAAUACGGAUGACCACUCUAUCCUGCUGAUCUCCGCAAACCGUCGCCAGCGGGAUCAAUCCGAUUUGAAAUGGAGCUCGGUUCUCGGAACAAUGUCCACAUUUACAGGGUUGCCAGCAGCAGGUCAUGGAUCUAGCACCCCUAGACACACGCAGGCCAGCACUUUGCAGACUCUGGAGAUGGCGGCUGGUCGCAAGCCAUUUAUGUCGCAGAUGUCUGUCGAAAUUCUCACCAGCUGUCGGGAGGAAGCCCUGCCCAACCCGAUGGUUGAUAGCGUGCUGUGUGUCAUAGCGUGUUACAUCUGCGAUAAACCGCAGUGGAGCGAAGACACCUUUUCAGGAUGCGCUUCAGUUGUGUGGACAUGGGGUCCGCUGCUUCAAAUUGGUCGCCUCAGCUUCCCACGCCAUGUUGAACAGCAGCAUCAUGCCAACGAGGCAUCAAUGCUCAGAGAGUUGGCAAAAUGGACGCGUGCAAUGGACCCUGAUAUCUUGUGUGGAUUUGAAGUGCAGGGGAGUUCCUGGGGAUACCUUGCUGACCGGGCAGAGCAUGCUUUUGACAUUGAGCUGGAGAGUGAGCUGUCGCGCAUUGUGACCAGGCAGAAUUCGUGGCAGCACUCGCAUAACAAAUCAGAGGGGAGAGGCCAAGGCAGUUGGAGUCAGCGCAAGGGCACGGCGCUCAAUGUCGUGGGGCGGCAUGUGCUAAAUGUGUGGCGGCUGAUGCGCAGCGAGCUAAGCUUGACCUCUUACACAUUUGAGAAAAUUGUGCAGAAAGUGCUUGGCGAACAGUCGCCCCACUACCCGCCUCACCAGUUGGCGGCAUGGUUUACCAGCGGGCCAGCCGUCACGCAGAUCCGGGCUCUGAGACAUGUGCAUUUCCGCGCUCGGGCGGCACUGCGAAUUCUAGACCAGACUGGAGUUGUUGCCCGGGCAUCAGAAUUUGCAAGCGUCAUUGGAAUCGACUUUGCGGCUGUAUUUAUGCGCGGGUCGCAGCUGCGGGUAGAGUCGCUCAUGGCACGCAUAGCACACCCAGAGCUGUUUGUGCUUGCAUCACCAACACGCGAGCAGGUCGCACAGCAGCGGGCCGCCGAGUGCUUGCCGCUAGUAUUGGAGCCACAGAGCAAAUAUUACACAGAUCCUGUAGUCGUUUUAGACUUUCAGAGUCUUUAUCCCAGCAUAAUGAUUGCGUACAACUACUGCUUUUCGACUUGCCUGGGGAGCGUGGGGGAGGCCGCAGCAGUCCACAGCGACACCGGUGACACCCAGCGCCGGCGCCUUGGGUUUUCUAGUGUCGAUGUGCCGCCGGGCAUGCUGACUGUGCUGAAGGAUUAUCUGACGGUCUCGCCCAAUGGAAUGCUGUUUGUCAAGCCGUCAGUGCGCCAGGGGCUUUUGGGCCGCAUGCUGCACGAGCUUCUCGAGAGCAGGGUCAUGGUCAAUGACGCAAUGAAGCGCUGGGGCGAUGGCGACGAGGCGCUGCUCAAGAAGCUAGACGCGUGGCAGCUUGGACUCAAGCUCAUUACCAAUGUUACCUACGGGUAUGCUGGUGCCUCGUUUUCAGGGCGCAUGCCUUGCGUUGAAAUUGCCGAUGCCAUUGUGCAGUCUGGCCGCGAGACACUGGAGAGUGCAAUCCGCCUUAUACAUUCGAAACACUCGACCUGGGGCGCCCGAGUAGUCUAUGGAGACACCGACUCUAUCUUCAUUCAUCUGCCUGGCAAGAGCCGCGAGUCGGCCUUUAUAAUUGGCAAUGAGAUAGCCGAGGCAGUCACAGAGCUGAAUCCAGCACCAGUCAAGCUCAAGUUUGAAAAGGUCUAUCAGCCGUGCGUUUUGCUGACUAAAAAGCGGUAUGCGGGCUGGAUGUUCACCACGCCCGAGCAGAGAGAGCCCCUUCUGGAUGUCAAGGGCAUGGAGCUGGUACGCCGAGACGGGUGCUCGGCAACGCAGAAGAUUCUGGAGGGCACAAUCGAUGUCUUGUUUCGAACCAAUGACCUGUCUCUGGUAAAGUCAUUUGUAACCGGCGAGUUGACCAAGGUGCUGCGAGGUGAUAUGCCGCUACACGAAUUUGUCAUCGCCAAGGAAGUCCGGCUGGGCACUUACUCCAAGUCCACAUUGCCAGCCCACGCAAAGGUUGCAGCCGACGGCAUUAAAGCCGACGCGAGGGCCGAGCCCAAGUUUGGCGAGCGAGUGCCCUAUGUCGUCGUCAGCAAGGGGAGGGACUCGAGGCUCACAGAUCAGGUUGUGGGUCCACAGAUUCUGCUGCGGCAGCCAGAGCUCAGGCUCGAUUACCAAUACUACAUCGAUAGACAAAUUGUCCCAGCCCUGGACCGGGUCCUGAGCCUUGUAGGCGUUAACGUGCGCAUGUGGGCCACUGAGAUGCCUCGGCGUCUUCGCAGCAGCCUUUAUGACGCAGUCGCAGAUACACACAGCGACAGCGACAGCGAGGCAGGCGGGGGGACUAUUAGCGAGCUGCAUAACCAGCAGGGAAUUCAGGAAUUAGAUGGUAUCAAUGGCUAUGCACAUGGCAGGCAUAGCAAUAUUGGCCGCGCGUUUGGUCUCAGAGGUUUUGGAAUGACAGUUGGCAGCAGGCGCCCCGCUCGGCGCACACUUGAUCAUUUUUACCGCAAACGCAGCUGCUUGCUGUGCAGGCAGACAAUAUAUGCUGCGCCGCAAUCACCCAGAGAGUCCAGCGGCUUGGAGUUGGGUAGCACACGGGUUUGCAGCAGCUGCUCGGCAGAUAAGGCAGCGCUGGCAGCCAAUGUGGCGGCGGUCCAGAUGAACCUCGGCCGUGCCCUUAAAGCCGUUGUCGACAAGUGUACCAAGUGUGUUGGUGAAAAUAGAGCAGACGCAUUGCAGGCCGUAGAGGCAUGCGACUGCUUUGAUUGUCCCACCAUGUUUCAGCGCGUCCUUAUCAGCCGACAGCAUGCGGCCUGGAACAGGGCGGCACAUCAAGGCAGCCUUGCCGAUCAAAUGCUGUGACGCGCAAUGGUGGUGGCCAGCGUCCAGCACGAGACCUUUCUCAAUUUAACGGAUUUUUAAUUUUUAAUUUUUUACGUGGCCCUUUUCUCCGCAUUUUUAUCCAUUUAACAAAUUUUCUUUUUGCAUCCCCUCGACCUUGCGCGCACAC